ACUCACAAAAUAUAUCACGAACGCUUAAUUGUGCGUGCUUGAAUUUGAUCAGGUUAUGUCACCCUUAUAGUGUUCUAGAAAAACAAAGACGUAUAGUAAAACCGAGUGCUCGAGAUUUGUGUCUUUGAUAGCAUUCGACCAUCAAGCGUCACAAAUAGUUCUACUAUAAAAAGCAAGAAAGACAAAAGAAAAUGAAUACUAGGCGACAGCAAGUGGGGUUGUUGUGUGUGCCAAGUGGUUUGGUGGCGGGGGAGCGGUUCCCAGUUCUUACUGCGAUGUGAUUGGCGAGAGUGCUCGUAGAGACACGGCCCCAGAAGAGCUUAAUAAUGGGGCCUGGUAGAGGUGUUGUCAAGAAAUUCGAAUGCCUGAAGAGCGAUGCAUCACAUCGCUUGGUGAACCAAUGGCAGCCGGUGUCAGAAACGGAGAUAUCCACUGCACCAAUCACUGCGCAUGAUGGACUCGCCCAGAAUUUGCAUCCCCAGACUGGUGGAAACCAAACAUCACAUCCUCCAUUCUUUUCUCUUCCUUCAAACCCCACAACGCCUUUUCACAAUCGUUUUAACCCUUUUCUAUCAUACAACAGCUGCAUGGGAAAUAUUCUGAGUAUCAUGGAAGUCAAUAAUCACAAUACUGCUGCUGCAUCAAUGGCUUCACAACACCAACACCAGCAGCCGCAACAACACGAACAAACCAUAGACGCGAUUGCUGCAGCCGCUCCAAGCGAUGAGGAAGACGGCCCCGCAUUAGCAAACUAUUUCCGCGAACUUCAACUCGAACUGACCAAGCAAAUGCACGAACGGGAAUCUAGAUUACCCAAAUGUUAUGAAGAAGGCACGUUCUGGAUUACGCCGCCGAACCCAUUCUUUACGUUGUGGAAAGCCACUACUUCAACACCACCCGUGGCAAGAGUAGAAUUGGAAACGCCCUAUGCUGAUAGCAGCACUGAUGCUGAUGUUGCUACUGCUACAGCUACCGCAGUCUCAGUUUCCGCAAACGGUGUCUCCGCUAACACCACCAAUGAUAAUAGCAAUAAUCCCGCUAUUACUGAUACCAUCAACACCACCGACAAUCAUGCCUCUAAUCAUAGUCAAAGUAUCGACAGUCUGAAUGCUACUACACACAGGAAUGACGAGAAAAACAAGGGUAGCAACGAGGAUACCAAUUGCAACGACAAUGCAGCUGAUUUACUCUACGCAAACAUGAAACGACCGCGUGUAUUUGUCUGGCUCGUACAUCUGCUUGUCGAUACCUUGUACUGUCCAUCCGAAGGAUGCGACCGUAAAAGACUACAAUCGCAUGGCUGGGCGACAGCACCAUGUGCACGACGCAUUCUGGAUCUGCACAGCGACUUUUACCUGAUGAGUUAUCGAUACAAGUGCACACAUUGCAAACGAACGUUCUUUGGCCACGACCAAGCAAUUCGCGACUCAUUACCUACACCACUCGCAGAAGAAUUCCCCGCCGUGUUAUCCCAUCGAAGCGGUAUCUCACAAUCCACACUUGAACUCAUGCAAAGUUAUUCCAACUCGGGGGCAGUGGGUCAAUUCACUCGGGUACUCAAGGAGCACCAUGCUCUACGAUCGGCUCGAUUGAAAUUGCAAGUUUUAACUGCCAAAAAGGAGGCUAAAAAUGGCAGCAAUAGUAGGAGGGACAGCAACAACUCGAAUGUUGCUAUGGCCCCAUCCCCUUGUUCUCCUCAGUCGAAAAUGGCACUAACAUCAUCCACCGCACUACUACCAUCCACUAAAAAACGACGUAUUACUUUACCCGCAGCAGCAACACCGUCAACCACGUCGUCGUCCCCGAAUGGAACAGUUCCUGUUGCACCGGUACCACAACAACAUCGGUUUUCUAUACCUCCACCGAUUGCUCCUCGACCGCCACAACCAACGCCUGUGUUUUUACCACAGCCUAUUUUCGCCAUGCAUCCACAUUUAAUGGCGUUACAGCAGCAACAACAACAGCAACAAUCCCAAGCUCCAACAACAAUGCAACAGCGAGGAGGAGGAGGAACAGCUGCCAUUGUCCCUCAACCGAUUCAAUUCCAACCUAUCUUCUAUAUCCAGCAGGACGCUCGAUCCAAUCCAUCAUCAUCGAUCCACGUGCCCAAAAAACCUCGCAAGCCACGAACUAUUCUCAAAAAACCCACAAAUUAA